CGACGGCAAAGGACGGAGCCUAAAGCCUGGAAUAAGAUUAGAAGUGGCCAAAAAAAAAAAGUAGGUAGUUGGCAAUUUCUCGCGUCUCGGGAAUUUUCAAAACAUUCAAUUCGCGUUCUUUGAUUUUCAAAGGCGACGCGCUUCUGACGAAGAAGGCGCAUUCUUCAUUCGUAUCUUUUCAAUAUCUGUGUUCUUUGAGCCUGUUCGAUCGAAAACAAGUUCAUGGCUGCUGCACCUAGCGCACGAGCCCAUUCGUAUGGUCAAACCGAGAUUAACUGGGAUAAGCUUGACAAAACUAAGUUUUAUGUCGUAGGAGCUGGCCUCUUUACUGGAGUUACUGUGGCACUGUACCCAGUCUCUGUUGUGAAAACCAGGAUGCAGGUCGCAUCAAAGGAUGUUGCAGAAAAAAAUGCUUUUUCUGUCAUCAGGGCCAUACUAAAAGCAGAUGGGGUUCCUGGUCUAUACAGAGGGUUUGGUACAGUCAUAACUGGUGCAAUUCCUGCCAGGAUCAUUUUUCUUACCGCUUUAGAGACCACAAAAGUGGCUGCCUUAAAGAUGGUUGAGCCAUUUAAAUUAUCUGAGCCUACAGAGGCAGCCAUAGCGAAUGGUUUAGCUGGCAUGAUAGCAUCCCUAUUUUCUCAGGCUGUGUUUGUUCCAAUUGAUGUGGUUAGCCAAAAGUUGAUGGUACAAGGAUAUUCAGGCCAUGCUAAGUACAGUGGGGGUCUGGAUGUUGCUCGUAAGGUUAUAAAAUCUGAGGGCAUUCGGGGAUUAUACAGAGGGUUUGGUCUAUCUGUUAUGACUUAUUCCCCAUCUAGUGCUGUAUGGUGGGCAAGUUAUGGCUCAAGCCAACGCUUGAUCUGGAGUCUCUUAGACAAAGGUAUUGAUCAUGAGGAAGUUGCUCCUAGCCAGUCAAAAAUAAUGUCAGUUCAAGCUACUGGUGGAAUUAUUGCGGGAGCUACAGCAUCAUGCAUCACAACCCCAUUGGACACCAUCAAAACCCGCUUACAGGUGAUGGGACAUGAAAAACAAAAAACUGCAAGACAAGUUGUUAAAGGCUUGAUUAUGGAUGAGGGUUGGAAAGGUUUAUACAGAGGAUUGGGUCCAAGAUUUUUUAGCAUGUCUGCUUGGGGAACCUCAAUGAUAUUGACUUACGAAUAUCUGAAGCGCUUGUGUACUAUAGAGGAAUUGUGAUGUACUACUAGUCCACAGCCUUGCUUCUUUCCGGCAUGAGAUAUUAUCGAUGCUGGGUCAAAACAGGCUGGGAUUCAGCGUUUUGUUGACAAUGGUUGUUUUUGCAUAUCACUACAACGCUUAUCGUGCUGUAGGGUACCAGAACCAGAAUUGCUUAUAUUGAAGCCCCUGGUUAUUUUUUGAUUAGGAAGCCCAUAUUGCGGUUACCAGAACUGGAUUACUUUACUAAUUAUUUUUGGAUCCUCACAGGAAUUUUCGGCCUGGAAAUUUGUUAAUUACCUUUCCGAUAAAAUUGAAUCAAGUUGAGUACGUAGCAGAUAGCAAAUGUAUUCAUUGGCAUAGGAAGUGGUGUAUUCUUACAGCAAGAGAGAUAUAUCAUUAAAUGCAAGUAAUUUUGAUUUCA